AUGUAUUCACCUGAUCCUGGAGAGAAUCUAGAAGAAUUUGUAUUAAAACCAGCUCCACAAGGUGUUACAAUGAAAUGUCGUAUUACUAGAGAUAAAAAAGGUGUUGAUCGUGGUAUUUUCCCUACAUAUUUCUUACAUUUAGAAAGAGACGAUGGCAAAAAGACAUUUUUAUUGGCUGGUAGAAAACGGAAAAGAAGCACCACUUCAAAUUACCUCUUAUCUACAGAUCCCACAGAUUUAACGAGAAAUGGUGAAGCUUUUAUUGGAAAAUUAAGGUCAAACCUGCUUGGAACACAUUUCACACUAUUUGAUAAUGGUACAAAUCCAAAGAAAAGACCUGUGGCCUCCAGACAAGAAUUAGUAGCUAUUGCUUAUGAAACAAAUGUAUUAGGAUUUAAAGGACCACGUAAAAUGACUGUUGUUAUACCUGGUAUGAAUCUUGAUCAUGAACGAGUUGAAAUUAAGCCUAGAGGGGAUCAUGAUGGUUUAAUAGAAAAAUGGAAACGAAAAAAUAUGGAAAAUUUAUUAGAAUUACAUAAUAAGACUCCUGUAUGGAAUGAUGAAACUCAAUCUUAUGUGUUAAAUUUUCAUGGUCGGGUCACACAAGCAUCAGUUAAAAAUUUUCAAAUUGUUCAUGAUAAUGAUGUUGAUUAUAUCGUAAUGCAGUUUGGUCGUGUAGCAGAAGAUGUGUUUACUAUGGACUUUAAUUACCCACUGUGUGCUUUACAAGCGUUUGGAAUAGCACUGAGUAGUUUUGAUGGUAAAUUAGCUUGUGAAUAGUGAUAUAUGAUUUACUCCUGCCUAUUUAAUUUAUUUAUUAUACAAUGUAUAGAAUAUAGUGUUUAGAAUCACAUACAACUUUCUACAUGCCAUAUUGGAAGACUACAGGUAGAACAUGGAUAAUACGAAUUACACAAGUGGUUUGUUGUGAAAUAGCCAGAAGUCAGAUAGUUAUAUAGUAUAUACAUAUCAUUCAUGGUGAAUAUAAUAAUAUUAUUGGUUAAUCCUCAGAUAUCAAC